AUGCUGGUACCACCGGAGAUGAUGGCGGCGCAGUCAAAGCUCGUCUACCAAAUGAACAAGUACUACAGCGAGCGUGUCGCCAGCCGCAAGGCCCAAAUUGCCAAAACCAUCCACGAGGUGUGCCGCAUCGUUCAGGAUGUGCUCAAGGAAGUGGAGCUGCAGGAGCCGCGAUUCAUAUCUUCGUUAACGGACUACAAUGGCCGCUUCGACGGCCUCGAAGUGGUCUCACCUCACGAGUUCGAGAUCAUCAUCUACCUCAAUCAGAUGGGGGUGCUCAACUUCGUGGAUGAUGGCUCUCUACCUGGAUGUGCUGUGCUCAAAUUGAGCGACGGUCGCAAGCGAUCCAUGUCUCUAUGGGUUGAGUUCAUAACAGCUUCCGGAUACCUCUCAGCGCGGAAGAUCCGCUCCCGAUUCCAGACGCUAGUGGCACAGGCCUGUGACAAGUGUUCCUAUCGCGACUGUGUCAAGAUGAUAGCUGAGACCACAGAGGUUAAGCUCCGGAUCCGUGAGCGGUAUAUCGUGCAAAUAACACCAGCCUUCAAGUGUGCCGGAUUGUGGCCACGUUCAGCUGCACAUUGGCCGCUCCCCACAAUUCCCUGGCCACACCCUAACAUUGUGGCCGAAGUGAAGACUGAGGGUUUCGAUCUCCUAUCCAAAGAGUGUCUCACUCUACAAGGCAAAAAUUCAGCUAUGGAGGGUGACGCGUGGGUUCUGAGCUUUUUUGAAGCGGAGAACCGGCUGCUACAGGGCGGAUGCCGUCGCAAAUGUCUCAGCAUAUUGAAGACCAUACGCGACCGGCACCUGGAGCUACCAGGGAACCCCGUCACGUGUUACCACAUGAAGACAUUGCUGUUAUACGAGUGCGAGAAGCAUCCGCGCGAGCAUGAGUGGGACGAAGCGGCUCUGGCGGAUCGGAUAAACGGGAUCUUUCUGCAGCUGAUAUCUUCGCUGCAGUGCCGCCGAUGUCCACAUUACUUCUUGCCCCAUGUCGAUCUGUUCAAGGGGAAGUCGCCGACCGCUAUGGAGAACGCUGCCAAGCAGGUGUGGCGUCUAACAAGGGAGAUGCUGACAAAUUCGCGAGCUUUUGAAAAGCUGUGA